GCGCCGAUAUGGGAAAAUGGCCGAAAGAGAUUCAUAAAUGUGGGGUGAUAUUAGGAUUUAUGCGGGAUUCAGCAAGAACUACAUUGGAAUUCAACGUUAACAAGAGCUCUCUAAUAUUCCACAGUUUUUCAGAAUGGUCAGUGAUAGAAGCUGACGUAAUAUCUGGAAUUUCAUUGGAGAAUACAUUUUCAGAACCAGCAAUUCUUCAAGUGACUUUCACUCUGAAAAGAACCUCCAACAUUGUAGAAAUUUUGUUAUUCUCUCCAUUCGUAGUUAUAUCUAUUUUCCUCUUGGCAUCAUUCUGGAUGGAUCCUCUUGGGAAAACGAAAAUUACACUAACUUGCAGCCAACUAAUUUUAACAACGAUAAUGCUUCUUGCAUUGGCAAAAAUUGUACCAAGUCAUUCCCAAAAUGUCCCUUUUUUGGUUACACUCUACAGCUUUACCAUGAUUGCUUUGGUAGUGGCUUUGGCAAUCGCUGUGAUUGUGGUCAAUUUGUCAAGGAAUAAGAAAAACACAUCCGUGCCACUGAUACUGUCGAAGAUGUUGACGAAUAAAGUGAUCAGCUGUACAUUAUUUUUACCAAAGAUAAAUAUGUCUGAAGAGUAUGGAAAGCUGAACGAAACGGGUCCAUCAAAGUCUCAAGAGAAUAGCCAGAUAACGUGGAUUGUUCUGUCACUUGCUAUCGACAGGGUAGCUUUCGUGGUCUAUGUGGCAUUGAUUGCUUUUGCAGGAUAUUCGAAAUACUGAUUCGAUUGUUUUGAGUCCUGUGUGGAUCAAUAUAAGAAGAAUCUAUAAUUCAUUAUAAAAAAAUAUUCAACACAUUCUAUACAGCACACAGGAAUUGUGAAGUAUAUUUGUAUUCCUCAAUUCAAUUACAACAUUUCAAUCGAUGUUUGAAUAAAAUGAAAAUCAUUACAUGUAUGCAUUGUAGAAA